UUGGGUUUUUUUAUGUGAAAGAUUGAUCAUUUAACCACCGCAUAAAUUAUACAACGGGCAUAGAAAAUAUUUUUUCAUUCAAUUAUUUUUAAAGUUGAAACCAAAUGGCGCAGCUUGUGCCGCGCGCUCCCCUGUGUCCUCCAUCGUGGUGCAACGUUUGAUGUGGAUCUGAGCUCGGUGAAAGCACCAAGAUGGAAAUGAAAAUAGAGCAAGUGGUUGUUGGAAAUGAAAUGAAGUCCUCUUCUGCAGAGACCAAAUCUGACCCUGUGGGCGGCCCGGAGUACUAUCUCCAUGAGAGUCUGCAGUGUUUCCAUUGCCUGAUCAUUUUCAAAGACCUCAAAUCCAAGGAGAGACACAUCAAGAGGAACCAUCGGGACGAGUACAAGCGUCAUCUGCAGCAGAAUAAUACGCUGUUCAUGUGCUACAAGUGCAACAGCUCUUUCUCCACAACUGCAGAGCUCAGCCAGCACCAACCUACACAUUUUACCGAAGAAAAGCCAUUUUCCUGCUCCCUCUGCCAGGAAAGAUUCAGCACGUUUACCGAGCUGAACCAACACAGACGGAAGGAUUGCGGGGAGCGGCGUUUUCUUUGCGUUGACUGCGGCGCCAGGUUCCCCGUUCCCUUUCGACUCCGCAAACAUCGCAUUGCAAUGCAUCCCGAGAAAGAGGCUGCAGCUGAAGACAUUGACAUGUUUCAGUGCUGUAAAUGUGGCGUUGUUUUCCAGACAGAAGACGAGCUCCUGCAGCAUCAGGAGGAAACCGCUGACUGCGAUCUUGAGGAGUCACGAGGCAAAAAGCGGGCCUGUGAACCUACGCCCGUUUCCCAAGAGGUGGAAGUUGAUAAGAAAAUCAAGCACGAAGACGUUGCAAAAGAAUACCCUGACUCGACUUCGUCUGUGGAGUGUAAAAUUCCCUGUCCUGAAGACGACUGUAAUUGUAUGUUUGCCACAGUUGAAGCCUUGCGAGCUCACAAAAAAGACCUCCAUCGCCCUCGCCCUCUGAAAGCUCUCAGCUCUGAAUACUCCUGCCUUACCUGCGGGAAGAGCUUUGCAAGAGAAAGUACUCUAAAGGCUCAUCAAACCUCCCAUUUUAAGACAGAGAAGUCUAUUGAAAAGAGAUGAUACAGAAGGAGAAAACUUCCUCCUUUGGUGUCGCAUCAUAAUGUCAUUCACGUUGCUUGGUGAAGGAUUUCAGCAUGAUAUGUUAGAAUAAGUUUGUGAAGCAGAAUUAUGGAUCACAUUGCCGAUUGUUUCAGGAAUGUUAUUUAUUUUUUCAUUUUAACCUGGGUUCGUACGAGUACUUGAAGUCCUUGAAGUCCUUGAAAAUGCUUGAAUUUCAAUUAGAUGCAAGGUUUUCCCCUGAAAACUUGCUAAGCCCGGUGUUUGGGGGCUUGGGCAGUUAUUCAUCCAGCAACCCGUCGUGUUCUUGAGUUAAAAAAUGUUUAAACUUGACAGGAAAUUUGAAAAUAUCACUUGAUAAUUAUGUGUUAUUAAAAGAUUAGAAGAUUAAAGUCUUAAAAAAUGUAAACAUUUUAAAAAGUCUUUAAAAAAUAAGCAAGGAUUAGCCUGGUGGGGCCACAAAUAAAGCCUGGUGGCCCACCGGGCUCAUAAUACAUUGGGGAAAACCUUAGGUGUUUUCAAGGUUUGGAAAGUGCUUCAUUUCUGUAAAAGGAAUAAAAUUUAAAAAUCCUUAAAUUUGCUUAUUCUAUUCGCACAGUUUUGUAAUAAACAAUUAGGAGAAAAGACUCCUUAACUGAAAGUCAAGUGAUUAUUUAUGUCGUGUCUGAGCAUUUAGUUUGAGCAAACCAAUGUGUUCAAUGUAAUGAAUAUGUAUUACUUAUAUAAUGGCCCAACAAUUGAAAUAAAUUUGGUAUUUUAUUUGUGUUCUUGAAAUUGGGGGAUUUAUUUUCUUAAAUUUGUGUUUUGUUCUCAGACCUAUCAGCUGUCUCAGAAAGAAUUUUCAAAAUAUAAAAUUUAGUUUAAUUUAUUUUGUCCCUUACAUAUAGGAAACUGUCACAAAACCUUACUCAUAGCGGUAAUAAAUUAUGCCAUAUAAUAGUGAAUUAGAACUGUCUUUAAUCCAUUUGUAUUGUUUUGUUGGAAAAGUUUGAAAGCUUAUCUUGAAAAUGUCUGAAAAGUGCUUGAAUUUUGUUGUUGGAAAAGUGUACGAACCCUGUUUAACAAAAUACCCUACACUGAAAACCUACCCUUCUGUGUGUAAAUAAUCAGGAUUUAUUUUUACAAAGCAACAAUCUCACAAAAGUCACUGUUCAUGUUGCCUUCGUUUUAUCCUAAAAGUUUUAUAUUGAUAGUGAAAUAGCAAAGUGAUUCUUCUUUGGGUUGUGGGAAAUACUUUGUAGUUAAGUAUUUGAUUUCAGCAAAAUGUGUAAAUAUGGCAUUGGCACUGUAUCUCAUAACAUAACCAUAAUAAAAUAUGUUUUUAAAAAAA